AACAAUCUAGUAAUCCAGAAAUUAUAUAACUUUUCUUGAUAAUACAUUAAUAUUUAUUUAUUAAAAAAGAAAAAAGAAAAAAAAGAGAGCAUCUCUAAUAUCAUUUAGUAUUUUUAGACAAUUAAGCGUAAUUAAUGGUUAUAAAAAAAUUGAACAAAAUCUCACCUAAGAAGUAAAAAAUUGAAGAAAAUCUAAGAUCCCGAACACCACCUGUUAGGUUCUAGGGUCACCACAUGGACGAUGAAGGAAACCAUGAGGCAACUCCCUCUCUCACUACAUAACCACCUCUUUCAACACACGUAGUAUUAAAUUCCAUUUUCUUUUUCUCGAGAAACAAACAGUCCCCAGAAAACCCUAGCUUCUAAGAAAUCAGCAUAAGAAUAAAAAUGGCAGUUUCGGAGGAGGAAUGCUCGAAUGCAAAGUCUCGAUCAUCGUCUCCAUCUGCAUCAUCAAAUAGUGCUCACUACUUGGCCAAGUGUGUUCUUAGAGGGAGUGUGGUACUUCAGGUCGUGUAUGGUCAUUUUCGCUCUCCUUCCUCAAACGACAUCGUUUUCGGCAAGGAGACAUCAAUAGAAUUGGUGAUAAUUGGGGAAGAUGGAAUUCUACAGUCUAUAUGUGAGCAGCCUGUAUUUGGCACUAUUAAAGAUCUUGCUGUCAUACCUUGGAAUGAAAAGUUCUGCACACGAAGCCCACAGAUGCAUGGAAAGGACCUUUUAGCUGUUACUUCAGAUUCUGGGAAGCUCUCAUUUCUAAUAUUUUGCAAUGAAAUGCACAGGUUUUUCCCUUUAACACACAUUCAACUUUCCAAUUCUGGAAACUCGAUACGUCAACUAGGAAGGCUGCUGGCUGUUGAUACCAGUGGCUGCUUUAUUGCUACUAGUGCAUAUGUUGACCGCUUGGCUUUAUUCUCUCUAUCUAUAACCGGGAGCAGUGAUAUCAUUGAUGAGCAAAUAUUUUAUCCUCCUGAAAGUGAGGGCCAUACAAGUUUCACCAGAAGUAUUCAGAGGCCCAAUAUAUCUGGUACCAUAUGGAGCAUUUGCUUUAUUUCAAGGGAUUUAAGUCAAUCAAGUAAGGAGCAUAAUCCUGUACUAGCCAUUAUUCUAAAUAGGAGCAGUGAACUGCUAAACGAACUUCUUUUGUUGGAAUGGAACAUCAGAGGACAUACUAUAAAUGUUAUCCCAAAUGUUGAAGCAGGACCAAUACAUGACAUCGUCGAAGUUCCUCAUUCUAAUGGAUUUGCAUUUCUGUUUAGGGUUGGCGAUGCUCUCUUAAUGGAUCUAAGAGAUGCUCACCACCCCUGCCGUGUCUGUAAGACGAGCUUCAGUUUCUUGCCUGCUGCAAUGGAGGAGCAAAAUUUUGUUGAAGAUUCGUGUCGAGUUCAUGAUGUUGAUGAUGAUAGUUUGUUCAAUGUUGCUGCAUGUGCUUUACUGCAGCUUCAGGAUUAUGAUCCAAUGUGUAUAGAUAGUGAAGGUGGUAGUGUAAAAUCAACCUCAAAGUAUGUCUGCUCUUGGAGUUGGGAACCAGAGCCUGAUAAAAAUCCAAAAAUGAUUUUUUGUAUAGACACAGGAGAGUUUUUCAUGAUUGAAAUAUCUUUCGAUUCAGAGGACCUUAGAGUUAAUCUUUCUGAUUGUGUCUACAAAGGUCUACCAAGUAAAUCGCUUUUGUGGGUUGAAGGUGGUUUCCUGGCCGCUCUUGUUGAGAUGGGGGAUGGCAUUGUCCUGAAGGUGGAAAAUGACAGGCUAAGAUAUGCAAGCCCUAUACAAAAUAUUGCACCAAUCUUGGACAUGUCAGUUGUGGAUCACCAUGACGAGAAACAGGAGCAAAUGUUUGGCUGCUGUGGAGUGGCCCCUGAAGGGUCAUUAAGGAUUAUUAGAAGUGGCAUCAGUGUUGAAAAGUUAUUGAGGACUGCACCUAUUUAUCAGGGCGUUACUGGUACCUGGGCACUUAGAAUGAAAGUAACCGACUUGUAUCAUUCUUUUGUUGUACUAUCUUUUGUUGAAGAGACCAGGGUUCUAUCAGUUGGAGUAAGCUUUGCUGAUGUUACUGAUUCAGCUGGCUUCCUUCCCAAUGUCUGUACUUUGGCUUGCGGACUUGUAGGUGAUGGUUUGCUUGUCCAAAUUCACCAAACUGCUGUUCGCCUUUGUUUGCCUACCCAGGUUGCUCAUGCUGAAGGUAUACCUCUGUCUUCUCCAGGUUGCACAUCUUGGUUUCCUCAGGAUAUGAGUAUCAGUUUGGGGGCUGUUGGAAAUAAUUUAAUUGUUGUUUCUACUUCUAAUCCAUGCUUUUUAUAUGUUCUUGGGAUCAGACUACUAUCAGCUUAUCAUUAUGAGAUAUAUGAAUUGCAACAUUUGAAAUUGGUAAAUGAGUUAUCCUGCAUUUCGAUACCUCAAAAACAUUUUCUGCGAAGAAGAUUACAUUCUAACAAUCUUGUGGAUGAUACUUGUGCAUCUAUCCUUCCGACUGGGGUGGAUAUUGGUAGUAUAUUUGUUAUUGGCACUCAUAGGCCUUCAGUGGAAGUCCUGUGUUUUGUGCCUGACGAAGGCCUGAGAGUUCUUGCUCGGGGGACAAUAUCUUUAACAAAUACUCUAGGAACUGCUAUCAGUGGUUGUGUCCCUCAAGAUGUAAGGCUUGUACUGGUUGAUCGGUUGUACGUUCUUUCUGGUUUAAGGAAUGGCAUGCUGCUUCGGUUUGAGUGGCCUUCUUCCUCUUCAUCUUCAAUUUCUUCGAUGGAAAUACCAUACUAUGGAUAUCCUAUUGAUUCAUGUAUGACAAAUGCUUGUAGUGGUUUAUCAACUACAACUGCAGUGUUUCCUGAGUCACAAACAUGUUCUGUUGACUUAACCGGCGGCGCAAUGGAUGGGCCCCCUAUUAAUCUACAACUGAUUGCCACCCGUCGUAUUGGUGUUACUCCUGUAUUUCUUGUUCCUCUGACUGAUUCGCUUGAUGCAGACAUGAUUGCCCUUAGUGAUAGACCAUGGUUGUUGCAAACUGCAAGGCAUGGGCUCUCUUACACGUCGAUCUCAUUUCAGCCCUCAACUCAUUCCACUCCUGUAUGCUCAGUGGAAUGCCCAAAAGGACUUCUAUUUGUUGCAGAAAAUAGUCUUCAUUUGGUUGAGAUGGUGCACAGCAAGAGACUCAAUGUGCAGAAGUUUCAUCUUGGGGGCACCCCACGGAAAGUCCUGUACCAUAGUGAAAGUAGGCUGUUACUUGUAAUGAGAACUGAACUUAGCAAUGACACAUGUUCAUCUGAUAUAUGCUGUGUCGAUCCCCUCAGUGGUUCGGUAGUAUCAUCUUUUAAACUUGAACAUGGAGAAACAGGAAAAUCCAUGGAGUUGGUGAGGGUGGGAACUGAACAGGUUCUGGUGGUUGGAACUAGUCUGUCUUCUGGUCCAGCUAUAAUGCCCAGUGGUGAAGCGGAAAGUACCAAGGGCCGCCUUAUAGUCCUCUGCCUUGAGCACUUGCAAAGCUCAGAUAGUGGUUCAAUGACAUUUUGCUCGAAGGCAGGGUCAUCGAGUCAAAGAACUUCACCAUUUUGCGAAGUUGUUGGCUAUACUGCCGAACAGCUGUCAAGUAGUAGCCUUUGUAGUAGUCCAGAUGAUAGCUGUGAUGGAGUCAAACUUGAAGAAAGUGAGGCAUGGCAAUUACGUUUGGCAUAUGCAACCAAAUGGCCUGGCAUGGCGCUCACAAUUUGUCCAUAUCUUGAUCGUUACUUCCUGGCAUCUGCUGGUAGUGCUUUCUAUGUAUGUGGUUUUCCAAAUGAUAAUCCCCAAAGAGUGAGAAAGUUUGCUAUAGCAAGGACUCGUUUUACCAUAAUUUCAUUGACUGCACAUUUCACUAGAAUUGCUGUUGGUGAUUGCCGUGAUGGCAUCCUUUUCUAUUCCUAUCAUGAGGAUACUAGAAAACUGGAGCAAGUUUAUUGUGACCCAUCACAGAGAUUAGUUGCUGAUUGCAUCCUUCUAGAUGUUGAUACGGCAGUGGUUUCAGAUCGUAAGGGAAGCAUCGCUGUCUUGUCAUGUUCGGGUGACUCAGAACGUAAUGCAAGUCCAGAAUGCAACUUGACAUUGACUUGUGCAUAUUAUAUGGGUGAGAUAGCUAUGAGCAUUAGGAAGGGGUCAUUUUCAUAUAGACUCCCUGCGGAUGAUAUGUUGAUGGGAUAUGAUGCUGUCACCCCUAAUAAUUAUGCUUCACACAAUACUAUCAUGGCCAGUACUCUUUUGGGAAGCAUAAUAAUUUUCAUUCCUUUAACAAGGGAAGAACAUGAACUCCUAGAAGCUGUGCAAGCUAGACUUGUAGUUCAUCCUCUGACUGCUCCUAUUCUAGGAAACGAUCAUAGUGAGUUUCGCAGCCGUGAAAACCCGGUUGGAGCACCCAAGAUACUUGAUGGUGACGUGCUGGCUCAGUUCUUGGAGCUAACAAGUGCACAACAAGAGGCAAUAUUAUCGUUACCUCUUGGCUUACUGGAUACUGUUAAAAAAGGUUUAAAACCAUUGCCUUUGCCUAUCCCAGUUAAUCAGGUCGUGCAACUCCUUGAGCGGGUUCAUUAUGCCCUCAACUAAAUGCACGUUGCACCUCACCAAUUUCUUGUCCAUGCAUGGACGGAAUGUAAUUUUCAAAAGCAAGGCACCACUACCAGUUCCAGGGGGUCUGUAUUUUCAAUUGCCCCUUCAGACUGGUGUUAGAAACUACCAUAUGAUUGAUUUGGAAACCUGGCUGCAGGAUGCUAUCUUGUUGUCCUCAUGAAGGCACAUGAGGCUGACAUUUCAUCCAGUACAGAGAGUUCAUAUAAAACAGGCAGGGAGGGGUGGUGUUCAUGUUUCCCUUGCAAGUAAGUUGACAUCCACUGUAUGUUGUCUAACCUUUGUAUUAUAGCAAUUUUUAUUUCAAGUAGUGUGGUAGGACCAUCACUGGGAUGGAAAAAUUAUCUGUAUUCUAGCUGAAUGGGCAUUUCUUGCUCUAUAAUGAUAAACUAUACGUCUCUUGUAAAGUUCUUUUGUUUAAAUGACAAUAAGUUAUAUUCUUUACGCA